UGAGUUCCCUGAUCCUCGGACAGGCAGGCAGAGUGUAAAAUGGCGCACAGCUGUCGGUGGCGGUUCCCUGCUCGGCCCGGAGGGAGCACCAACUCGGGCACCGGGAAGAGAGCGGGCCGAAUCCGGGUCACCGCGUCCCUCCGAAAUGAUACUGCGGCUCAUACGAACACAGUUGGGCUAAGACACGGUUUCGAUGCGGCGGUACAAGUCUCCUCUGCAAUCGAGAGCAACCUGCAGAAAUUUCGGGAUGUUUUGGGGGAGUCAAGCGGGUCCAGUAGCGGGGAGGAAGAGGCGUUUUGUGGCUUUGGUACAGUCAGUGAAAGCAGAAGAAUACAGAGUCCUGCAAGGACCCUUUCAGUCCCAUCAUCAGCUCCUGCGACGCCAGAGAAGAAACCGAGGGGGCGUCCGCCCAGGGCCCAGGCCACACAGAGACCAGGCAUAGGCGCUGGCCCCGUGCCCGUGCCUUCUGUCCCCUCUAUUCCCCACAGAGAUGCCCUCUCACACACAGAGAAAGUGAAGAGGCCGCCGGGAAGGCCUCCCGGGUCGGGGGAGAGGAGAAGAGGCCGCCCGCCGGCCUCCGGCAGUCAGAGAAACUGGCAGCAGAUCGGGCAAGCGUCAACGGACGAGGCGUCGGCUGCCAGCAGCGAGCAUGGCUCGACGCCAGCCCAACACAAGCAUGCGGCGGAGAACGAACGGGAGGGGAAGGUGUGCAAGGUGUCCAGGCAGGCGGCCAAGCUGAAACGGCUGCAGGACGUUAAGAUCGGCCCUCUCAAGUCCCGGCUCAAGGCCGUGGUGGGGAAGGCUGUGCCGGUACCCGUCGUGCCAAGACGGAGGCGGGGGAGGCCGCCUUCUGCGGAGCGCCUUAAAGCGGAGGCUGCCGCUGCAGCCGCCGCCGCUGCUGCUCGCUCGGCCUCUUCCGGCUCCUUCGCCGAGCUGUCCCUUUCAGACACGCGCACUGUCAAACAGAAAGCCUUCAAGGUACGGGGCAGGGACAGAGACCUGGACCUUCAGGCUGCCCAGCAGCAUGCUUCCCAAGCUGACCCACAAGCCAGCCCCACGGAACCCCACAGCCCCCCUUCUUCGAAAUUCGGGAGGCCCCUGGGCCUGCGUCAGAGCCCACGCCACAUCAAGCCUGUGCGCAUUGUGCCCCCUUCCAAACGCACAGAUGCCACCAUUGCCAAGCAGCUGCUGCAGCGUGCCAAGAAGGGUGCCCAAAAGAAGAAGCUGCUGGAGAAGGAGGUCGGCGGACCGCAGGGCAUGGAGACGGGCAUCCGGCGGCGCCGGAGGACCUCGCUGAAGAACAUCCGGCAGUUCAUCAUGCCCGUGGUGAGCGGCGUGUCCCGACGCGUCAUAAAGAUGCCCAAGCGCUUCAUCGACGACGAGGCCAGAUUCAGCACCCCGCCUCCACAGCAGAAGAUGCCCCGCCUGGAGACUCCCGCGGGCAUCUCUGUGUCGACGGUGACAUCGGCAGCCCCCCAGCCCAACGCCGCUCCCUCCCCCACACUGGUGGCUACUUCCUCCCCCUCCUCCGUGGCCGUUUCUGCGGGUCUAACUGCGCUGGACAACCUACCCCCACCCCCUCCCCCGGCGCCUGCCGUUCCCAGCAGCAGCAGCAGCAGCAGCAUUCCCCCCAGCCUCCUCACAGGCGCCUCAGCAGGCGGCAGCUGCAACAACAGCAACGGGGGUCGCUUCAGCAGCAGCGCGGCCUCGUGUGGCUCCAGCGCUGUAUCCCAGCACUCCUCGCAGCUCUCCUCGGGCGAGUCCUCACGCUCUAGCAGCCCCAGCCUGGACGACUCCUCCUGUGACUCACAGGCCUCGGAGGGCACGCAGGCCCUGUCUGAGGAGCGCGACCACUCGCCGUCGUCUCAGGGUGAGCGGGAAGAGGCUGUGCUGAUGCACGCCUCGCGCCCUUCCUCCCCACUGUCGGAGCACGAGCACGAGCACACAGGGCUGCUGGAGCGGGGCAGACGUGGCCGCCGGGGGCAUGGCGUGAGGAGUGGGGCCGGCCUGGUCGGCAGGGGCAGGAGCAGCCUGAUGGGAAUGAGGAAGAAGACCAUCAUCAGCCCGGCCACCGGCAUCCUCAUGUCCUCCUCGCAGGUGGGCUCGCACCAGGCCUCUGGCGCACCCUCUGGCUCAUCCCCACCGCCCUCUUCGCAGCUGCUGGGCUCUGGCCAGCACCCGCAGUCGGCUUCCUCCAAUGCGGCUGGUGUCGGGGACCACCACUCCCACUCCUCUUGGAUCAUGCCGCGCGGCAUCGCACCAUUCCUAUCUGGUCCCCCCAUGCACGCGGCGUCCCAUGACAAGCGCCGUUCAAUUCUGCGCGAGCCCACCUUCCGCUGGUCGUCGGCACCCUCCCACAAGCCUGAGUGCUUCUCCUCUGCGAAGUACGCGCGAGAGGGCCUGAUCCGCAAACCCAUUUUUGACAACUUCCGGCCUCCGCCCCUGACUGCGGAAGACGUGGGCUUGGCCCCCGGUCCGGUCUCUGGAAAUGUGGCACCCUCGGGAUUCCCCACGUCUUCUGGCAGCAACGCCGGAUCAGGGAGCCGGCUCUUUUCUCCGCUGCAUCACCACCACCAUCAGCACACCUCCUCACGCUUUGAGGGGUCAUUCCAGAAACGCAGCCCGCUGCUCCGUGCCCCCCGCUUCACCCCCAGCGAGGCCCACUCACGGAUCUUCGAGUCGGUCACGCUCCCCACCUCCUCGGGCAGCAGCCCCGGCUCCCUCUCCCCCCUGCAGAGCUCCUCUCCGUCAAACAGGUCCUUGCGCCACAGGAAGAGGAGGACCUUCGGGCCCCUACCCGGGCAGCCCCGAUCGCCCUCGCACUCUAUGACCAGGAGGAGCAGUCAGCCGGGCUUCAAACCCAGCAAGAGUUCCUCUGAUCCCAUGGGCAGCUCAGUUUCUUCUAGCAGUAAUGCCAGUAACUCCACAUCUCUGCCAGGGGUGGCCGUAAGCCCACUCGCUCCAAGUGCCUUAACCCAAGCCCCCUUCAGCACCUUGUCUCCAGGCACCGCGGGACUUGCCAGCCACAGUGGCACAGAGGGACGCAAAGUUGCCUCCGCAGCCGCCGUUGGUGGACUGGGUGCCGUCGGCAACUCGGCUCCUUCUUCAUCGUCCUCUCCGCCGCAGCUAUUUCCUCUCUUCACCCCCAGCACUCAAGGUCUGGGCGGCGGCACACAGCCGACCCGCGAGAGGAACCUCUCGUCCGGCCAAGAAGCGCCACCUAAGGAGAAGGAGAGGGAGUCGGAGAGGAGUCGGGAGCGUGAGAAGGAGAACAAGCGAGAGGGGAGGAAGGAGAAGGAGCGUAAGGGAAAGGAGGCGUCUUCCCACUCUUCAUCCGGCUUGUUUGCCCAGGAAGGUAAGGACUCAGAAAAGUCCUUCCCGUCGCUUGCCCACAGGAAGACCCCCGGGAGGAAGAAAUCCGUGUCGGCUGACUCGGGGGCCGAGGCCUCACCGGCUGAUAGCAAUGCCAGCCACGCUGUCAGCAGCACCCCCUCGUCCAACGGCCGGCCUUGCAAGAAAGACAGGCUGCCUGAAUGGGAUGUGGAGGUCGACAGAGGAGAAAAGGAGGACCAGGAGAGGUCGAGCACGCCGGUACCACCGGGGCCGACACUGGAAUCAAUGUUGGCCCAGGCAGAGAAACAACCGGUGGCAGAUAAGCACUUGGCUGUGCUGCUGAAGAAAGCGAAAGCACAGCUGCAUAAUAUAGAGAACAAGUCCCUGAAGUCCUUAAAACCGUUGGAUCAGCCCAAAGUGCAGGGUCAGGAGAGUGACUCCUCAGAGACAUCAGUCCGUGGUCCACGCAUCAAGCAUGUGUGUCGCCGUGCCGCGGUAGCUCUGGGCCGAAACCGGGCUGUGUUCCCAGACGACAUGCCCACCCUCAGUGCCUUGCCCUGGGAGGAGAGAGAGAAGAUCCUGUCUUCCAUGGGGAACGAUGACAAAUCAUCGGUGGCAGGCUCCGAGGAGGCGGAGCCACAGACCCCUCCCCUUAAGCCAGUGACGAGGCAAAAGCCAAUCAACGAGGCCCUGCCCAGGAAGGGCCGACGGUCUAGGCGCUGCGGGCAGUGUCCUGGCUGCCAGGUUCCUGAGGACUGUGGCGUCUGCACCAACUGCCUGGAUAAGCCCAAGUUUGGGGGACGCAACAUUAAGAAGCAGUGCUGCAAAGUGAGGAAGUGCCAGAACUUGCAGUGGAUGCCUUCAAAAAUGUUUCUCCAAAAGCAAGUGAAAGGUAAAAAGGACAAGAAAAAGAACCGAAUGUCAGAGAAAAAGGACAUGCAUUACUCCGUGAGCACCCCAAACCCAGAGGCUAGACCCUCACUGAGAGAGGGCCCUCAGAAGAAGAGUGAAACUCUGCCCUCCAAGCCAGGAGAAGACAAGCUGAAGCAACAGCAACAUCAGGAGGAGUCUUCUCCGACCCCUGAGCCAAGUCCUCCACAUGAGGAGCCCUCCUCUCCCCCCUCCACGCCCACACCUGAGGAGUCAAAGCAGCCCCAGGCGCCAAGUGGCGGCCCCUCCAGGAAAGAGCGGAAACUGCAGCAGCAGCAGGCCACCACUUCUCCCCCUUCUAGCCAAAAAGACCCUUCCCCAUCGCCACCCACACCGUCACAAUCCCCAACCCAGACACCCCCGCAGAGGUCCCCACAGAACCCUCUGCUCUUGAAGAAAGAGCCGGCAGCCAAGCCCCCCACUGAUGGUAAAAAGAAGCUACAGCAGCAGCCAUCUUCACAGCCACCUGCCCCUGACACAGGGCCUGACUCAAAACACUUGAAGAAACUUGCUGCACGCAAACUAAAAGAGAAGCCGGAGAAGCAGGCAGCAAUCAAACCCAACGGCGGUACUUUAAACUCCCUGAGCACUCCCUCGACUGGGGUCCAGAGCAAACAGCAGCAGCAGACAGCGCCCUGCGACGGAGUGCAACGCAUCAGAGUGGAUUUCAAGGAGAGCCAUGACAUCGAGAAUGUUUGGGAGAUGGGCGGCCUGAGCGUCCUGACGUCUGUGCCUAUCACGCCGCGCAUGCUGUGCUUCCUCUGCGCCAGCAGCGGGAAUGUGGAGUUUGUGUUCUGCCAGGUUUGCUGUGAGCCUUUCCAUCUCUUCUGCCUGGGGGAGUCAGAGCGCCCCCUGGAGGACCAGCUGGAGAACUGGUGCUGCCGGAGGUGUCGCUUCUGCCACAUUUGUGGGCACCCGCACCAAAAUACCAAACAGCUGCUUGAGUGUGACAAAUGCCGGAACAGUUAUCACCCCGAAUGCCUGGGCCCUAAUCACCCCACCAGACCCACAAAGAAAAAGAGAGUCUGGAUUUGCACUAAGUGUGUCCGCUGCCAGAGCUGUGGGGCCACCGAACCAGGCAAAGCCUGGGAUGCUCAGUGGUCACAUGACUUUUCGCUGUGUCACGACUGUGCCAAACUCGUCGCUAAAGGGAAUUCCUGCUCUCUCUGUGAUAAGUGCUAUGAUGACGAGGACUACGAGAGCAAGAUGAUGAAGUGUGGGAGGUGUAGCCGCUGGGUGCAUGCCAAAUGUGAAAGCCUCACAGAUGAGAUGUAUGACAUCCAGUCCAACUUGCCGGUGGCCUACACCUGCGCCAACUGCACAGAGAAGCAGCCCGCAGAGUGGAAGACGGCCCUGAAGAACAAGCUCCAGAGCUCCGUGCACCAGGUCCUCACGGCCCUGCUCAACUCCCGCACCUCCACCCACCUGCUCCGCUACAGACAGCCUGUGAUGAAGCCCCCAGAGCUGAACCCAGAGACGGAGGAGAGUCUGCCCUCCCGCCGCUCUCCUGAAGGCCCAGACCCCCCAGUGCUGACCGAGGUCCCCCCCCACACCGACUCACCGCCAGACCUGGAGUCUGUGGCAAAGAAGAUGGAUUUGGGCCGCUACAAAUCAGUGUUGGAGUUUAGUGACGACAUUGUCAAGAUCAUCCAGAUGGCCAUCAACUCCGACGGUGGGCAACCAGAGAACAAGAAGGCCAACAGCAUGGUCAAGACCUUCUUUAUCCGGCAAAUGGAGCGUGUGUUCCCCUGGUUCAAGGUGAAGGAGUCCAGUUUCUGGGAGACACUGAAGGACUCCAAUAGCGGGUCUCUUCCGAAUGCAGUGCUUCCCCCCUUCCUGGACCAUAAUUAUGCACAGUGGCAGGACCGCGUGGAGCUGAGCAGUGCCGAGCAGCAUCCGCUGGUGAAGAUCAUCCCUGCCCCGACCCACAAACCCCUGGGGGAGCCGGACUCCCCUGCCACCCCUCCCGACGUCAUCCUCGACCUUUCCCCUGAGGACAGUCCCGAACUUCUUCCUCCCCCCAACUUGAGAGACAACAGGCAGUGUGUGCUCUGCCUGAAGUAUGGUGAUGAAAAUACCAAUGAAGGUGGACGGCUCCUUUACAUCGGCCAGAAUGAGUGGACUCAUGUAAACUGUGCACUGUGGUCUUCUGAGGUGUUUGAGGAUGACGAUGGCUCCCUGAAAAAUGUGCACAUGGCAGUGAUACGAGGCAAACAGUUGCGGUGUGAGAACUGCCAGAGACCUGGGGCCACCGUGGGCUGCUGCCUGACCACCUGCAACAGUAACUACCACUUCAUGUGCGCCCGCCAGCGUCGCUGUGUCUUCCUCGAGGACAAGAAGGUUUACUGCCAGCGCCACAAAGACCUGAUCAAGGGCGAGGUGAUAUCAGACUCUGGGUUUGAGGUAACACGCAGAAUUCUGGUGGACCUUGGAGGCAUCAGCCUGCGGAGGAAAUUCAUCAACGGGCUCCCCCCUGACAACAUCCACAUGAUGAUAGGCUCGAUGACCAUAGACUGUCUUGGAAUGCUGACUGACCUGUCGGAUUGUGAGCGGAAUGUUUUCCCAAUUGGAUAUCAGUGUUCAAGAGUUUAUUGGAGCACCAUUGAUGCUCGCAAGCGUUGUGUUUACACAUGUAGGAUCUUAGUGUAUCGCCCCCCAGUGGUAGAAACAGUAAUUGACAGCAUAGGUAGACUAGAAGAAACCGUCAUUGGCAGCACAGUACCCUGUGAGGACAACUUUACCAUUGCUCACAGCCCCACAACGGUCUCAGAAAUGGAGAUGACAACAGUAUCUCAGCUGGUGAAUUCAGCGAAGCUGUCCUGUUGCAAGUCCACGACUGCAGCUUCCAGGCCAAAGUUGCUCUUCCGAAACAGGCACCCCAGCUAUCCACCAUGCCAGAGGUCUUCUAUCUCCAGACCACUUCCCUCUCCAGGAGGCCUCACCAGUUCAGCACAUGAAAUUGUGACUGUGGGUGACCCACUGCUGAGCUUCAGUCUCGGACGAAUUGGAUCCCGGCGACACAGCACUUCCUCUCUCUCAGCUCAGUUGUCCAGAAACACAAUAACACCAACGCCACAAGGCAGUAAUCUGUUCAGUCAGCAAAGCACACUAUCAUCUUGUUCCAUCAUUUCUGCUGCCUCAUCCCUCUCUUCCUACACAUGGGAUCGUGCACAGUGGGACACGGGCAAGGGUAGGCCCUUUGCUUGUGUGAAGUCCCUGAACUGUCAGGUUAGCGCCUCAGGCCCAGGAUCUCAGCAGAGGCAGUUAAGUGUCACGGAAAAAGGUGACGGCAGCCGAGAACCAUCUGGAAAACAGUCUGAAGCAGAGGCUGUGCAGUCAUCCACUCUGAUGUCAGGGAUGAACCAGGUAUCGCCACCUCUGGGAACAGCUGUUCUUACGGGUCACCAGAGGAGCAGCAGCUCCAAGAGUGAGAAGGGGAAGCAGGGAAUGAAAGACACAGCUCUUCCGGCCGAAUCAACUCUCCUGUCUUGCCAGCCCCAAGCUGCUUUACCCAAAGACGGAGGAAAUCCCAUCCAGGAAGGGACACCAGCCGGGAAAGACACAGGGAUGCCGGGGUCCCCAAAGCCUCCGUACCGCAAAAGUGGAGGGAGAAAGUCCCAUGACUAUCUGACUGGGCCUGCUCCUGCUGCUGCCAUGAAACCCCGCUGGUCCUCUGGGGCCACAGUUGGAGAGGAGGACAUUAAACGCGGGUCUCAGGCAACACCAGCAGUAACCGCCGGUUACAGGACGUCCAGCACCAAAGAGACAAGCUCCAAAAUGGGAUUCAGUGGAAGCAUUGAGGCAUCGAAGGAGAGGGAGAAAACUACUAAGAAGAUCAAGACCCCCCUCCACAAAAAGGGCAGUGACAUCAAAACGCUCAGUCAAGACCAAAACUUUCAAAACAGCAAAUCUGCAGUACACAGCAGCAACACCAAAGCAUCUGGAACAAAUGCAGUUGAUAAACAUGAUGGUCAAGGAGGGAAUAGACCACUAAAGUCCAGGGAGAGGUUCAGUGCAGAGAGCAAGAACAGCUCUAGUUUAGAGGGAAGGCAGCCAGAAACAGGCUCUGAUACAGGUAUGAGGGCAACUCACAAUCAAACCAAAGCAAGCAAGGAGCUGAUCAAAAGGGAAAAGAAACCCACUGGAAAAGCAUCUUUAAUUUCUCCAAAAAUAGACCCAAAUGGGACCAAAGUGAUCAGUACAGGCUCUGAUACAAAUCUGUCAACUGCAGUCACCCCAGCUAGUCAAGGUCCUCAGAGGAGGUCCACCUGUGCAGUCCUCUUCUCUUCACCGUCUGCUAGUUCAGAAAGCUCCGAGUCAGAGAGCCAAGCUCAUCCAGAGGACUGUGAAGAACAUCUGCGAGAGGGGGAGGGGCCCGAAGAUGGAGAGGAUCCAUCCAUGGAGGACGAUGGCAGCAUUGACAAGCACGAGGAAGACAGCGAUGGGUCGGGGUCAGCGAAGCGAAGGUAUCCACGGCGUAGUACACGGGCUCGUGCCAAUAUGAUCUUUGGUUUGACGCCUUUCUACGGUGUGCGUUCGUACGGCGUGGAAGAUAUUGACUUCUAUGGAGGUGGAGAGGUAAUUGGGAAAAAGCGGUCUGGAGUGAGCAAGCGUUCUGCUGAGGGGCAAGUUGACGGUGCAGAUGAUAUGAGCACUUCUUUGUCGGAGGAUAGUGGUGAAGAUGAGGAAGGUGGGCUAAGCCAGUGUCCAAACAAAGACUCCUAUUAUUACAACUUCACACGCACCAUCAUCAAUCGUAAUGUCAGGUUGCACCCUGUAGAAGGUGUGGGCAGAGGGUCCCAGUUUGGAAGAUUUCUGAAUGAAAAUGCUGAAGAGAGUGCAGGUCACAUGGAAGAAUCGCCAGCCAUACCCUUGAGUCUUGGCCGUCCCCAAAUUGGCCAGCUGGAUGGCGUUGAUGACGGCUCAGAGAGUGAUGCCAGCUUGAGUACCAGCAGCACCACAACUGCUACAACAUCGGCUACCCACAAAACCUCUGGCAAAAGGAAGAACCGGGAGAGUCGGGCAGAUAGGAUGGCAGCAGGCUCAGGGAAAGACUCUGACAGCAGCGCUGGAGGGGGAAAUGGCGGCAGCAGAGAGAGCAGGAAGAAUCAAAAGGAGUCUUGUCUGUCUCUCGGGGGCGUGAAGUCACAGGGACAAGACCCUCUGGAGGCACAGUUGUCUCUCACCACCGACCUGCUCAAGUCUGACUCCGACAACAACUACAGUGAUGACUGUGGCAACAUCCUGCCGUCUGACAUCAUGGAUUUUGUGCUGAAUACUCCAUCAAUGCAGGCCUUGGGACAGCAGCCAGAGUCAUCUUCCCCUGAGCUUUUGCUGGGUGAGGGAUAUGGGGUUGAUGUUAAUCGGAGGAAAGACAUACUCUUUGAUGAUUUCUCUCAACCACUGCCCAGCACUGAGGCUGUGGAGAGUGGCGUCAACUCGACCAUUUCCGUUGAGGAGUCCUACAGCCUGCAGCUUGGGCUGCCCUCUGACCUCUCCGUGCUAACGACGCGCAGCCCUUCCGUUACAAACCAGAAUCACAGCACCCUCAUUUCAGACGCUUCAGAGAGCACUAUUUUGUCGUUGACUACUGAUGAAACUGUGGAGAAAGCUGGAGACAAGCCAGGAGUGAGCACGUGCGAGGAGACAGAGGAAGAAGGUGGAGAUUCGCAGGUAACCGACGACCAGCUGCCGCCUAAGCAUUUCAUUUCCGACAUCGAGGGUGAGCACAUUUCCGGUCAAGUCAGUCAAGUGGUGGAACCCGAAAACCAGGACGUUGCCAGAACCUCUGGUACGCCAGGUUUACCAAGUUCACCUCCUUUGCCUCUGCAAGGUCAGAAAUAUAUACCUGUCACUGCUGUAAGCCCUGGGCCUUCUCAGGUUGCUAGCACUGCUGUUCAAACCCCUUCCUCUCAUCUCAAACCUGCCCCAGAUAAAUUGAUCGUUGUGAAUCAGCGAAUGCAGCCACUCUACGUCUUGCAGACUCUACCUAAUGGAGUAACACAGAAGAUACAAAUUGCACCCCCCGUCGGUGCCACAGGGGUUAUGAGCACUAGUUCAUCUGUGUUGAGCUCCAUGACUCUCACUACAGGUCUCAACCCCACUCAGUCCAUAUUUCCAGCGGGUGGAAAGGGCUUAAUACCCAUGUCUCACCACCCUCAUAUUCAUACCCUUACUAAUACUACUCAGGCAAGUUUCCAACCGGUCAUUCCCAACACCACAUCAGGCCUCAUCAUAGGCAUCCCCUCACAUGACCCACAGAUUAUUGUGUCGGAGGCAGGACACAGGCCCGAUUUGGCUCCCAGUGUCGCAAUGGUCUCUAGUGCACUAUCUCUGUCUCCCUCUUCGUCCGUGCUUUCCUCAGGACACGGCAAGAAGCGCCAGAUUAGCCGGCUGCAGCCACGCAAAAACAAGAAACUUCCUCGCUCCCGAAGCCAGCCACCGUUAGCCCCAUCAGAUGUUGCACCCAACAUGACCCUUAUAAACUUGUCAUCCCCUCAAAUCACAGCUGGGAUUUCCACACAGUCUGGUUUGGUUGAAUUGGGCACGCUAACCACAGCAACCACCACGUCCCACCGCAAAAUCCCAAAUAUCAUUAAACGACCAAAAUCAGGGGUGAUGCUAGUCCCACAGCCUUCCAUUUCCAUUUCAUCCAGUGCUCAGCCUGGCAUCUUGGGGCAGGACACGUCUACCCACCUAUUGCCGUGUACCGUUUCAGGGCUCAAUCCAAACCAGUCAGUGCUGAAUGUUGUGUCCAUGCCAUCCAGUGGAGCUGGCAAUAUUCUCGGCGCGAGUUCCGUUUCUCUGAGCACACCCGGACUCCUGAGUUCCACUGAAAUCACAGGGUCCUUCAGCAAUCUUCUCUUCAAAGCCAGCCCACACAAUCUGACCAUUCCAGACCAACAGAUGGUUCUCCAUGCCGGAGGGCCCAUGAUGCCGCAGCUGACUCACCCAGUGCAGACGUCUAUCGCCAGUAGUAUAUGCGUUAUUCCACCACAACAAACACUCAGCAUGUCUGUAAACAAGCAAGUGGACCAAGAGAGCACCCUGCAUCACCAACAAGUUAACCGAAUCAUGGCAGACAAACCACAAGCACUUGAUCAGAGUGGAAAUGUUGCAGGAUCCAUGUGUCCUGCCCCCAGUUUGAUGGCCCAGGAUCCCAGCAAGCCAGUGGUCGGGGUAUUCACCCAGGGUUCGUGGACUCUCCAAACAAAUCAACAGCAAGUUUUCAAGUCAACCACCACAGCUGCACCACCUACAGCAGGUGGGAAAGGGAAGCAAAAGGCCAAAAGGACUCGAUCAACACCUGAGAAGGCCAGUGGGAAGAAGCCGAAGGGUUUGCAGGCAGAGUCUCCCCUAUCGCCCCAGGGAGAUGUGAGUUCUGCUGGCCGACCGUCAUCCUCAGGUUUGUUUUUGUACAGGACUAAGCAGCCAGUCAUUCCUGAGCCAAUGGACACAGACAGACCAAUGGAAAAAGGUUCAAAUAAAAGUGAUGCUCCUGUGAUGACCAAAGCAUCCCCUAUCAACCAGAUGUCAACAGAACUUUGUGAUGAGGAGUCCAAAGCCACAAGUCCAACUACUCAGAACAGUGGGAAGGGUUCUGGCAUCGUGCUGGUGGCUUCAUCUGAGCAGGAGGACGACAAAGGAGGCAGGGACUUCAUCUCAGACUACAAGCCCAAGAAGGGCCUCAUGUUUGAAAUAUCCAGUGAAGAUGGCUUUCAGAUCCGUUGUGAGAGCAUUGAAGAGGCCUGGAAGUCUCUGACACACAAAGUCAAGGAGGCACGGUCGAAUGCCAAACUCAAGGAGCUUUCAUUCGAGGGAGUAAACGGGCUCAGGAUGCUUGGCGUGCUCCACCACACUGUGGUGUUUCUCCUGGAACAGCUGUAUGGUGCCAAAUACUGCCAGAACUACCGCUUUCGCUUCCACAAACCCGAGGUUUCUGACGAGCCUCCCAUCAACCCUCACGGGUCUGCCAGAGUGGAGCUACACCAUAGGAGGUCAGUUUUUGACAUGUUCAACUUCCUGGCUUCCAAACACCGCCAGCCUCCGGAGUACAACCCCCAGGAGGAGGAGGAAGAGGAGGCACAGCUGAAGUCAGCUCGCCUUGCCAUCAGCAUGGAUCUGCCCAUGCCCAAGAGACUCCGCUACCUGAAGAAAACAUCCUGGGACACAGUAGGCGUGUACAGGUCAGCCAUUCACGGUCGAGGUCUGUACUGCAAGAGAAAUAUUGACGCCGGAGAGAUGAUCAUCGAGUACUCCGGCAACGUUGUUCGCUCUGUUCUCACUGACAAACGGGAGAAGUCUUAUGAUGAAAAGGGGAUUGGCUGUUACAUGUUUAGGAUCGAUGACUAUGAGGUGGUGGACGCCACAAUGCAUGGCAACGCAGCGCGUUUCAUAAACCAUUCCUGUGAGCCCAACUGCUACUCUCGCGUCAUCAUUGUUGAAGGUCAGAAGCACAUUGUCAUCUUCGCCUUGCGCAAGAUCUACCGAGGAGAGGAGCUCACCUACGACUACAAGUUCCCCAUUGAGGAACCUGGGAAUAAGCUGCCCUGUAACUGUGGAGCCAAAAAGUGCCGCAAGUUCCUGAACUAAGUCCCUCUGGCAUUCUAACACUUCUCUGGCAGCCGCCCCUUGCUGAUGGUGGCCCACAGCAGUUCUACUUUUCCUGUGGUUGAAGGGCUGAAGAGGUAGCAGGAGUUUGAAAGGGGCUUCUGUUAUUCGUCAGAGCUGUUCAGUGUGCUUGUGUUCUCCGGAAGGAUGAAAUUACUGUGCCUCUUUGGUUUUUGUUAAAUUCCAUUGACUGUUUCUCAGUGUCGUAAACCGAGAGCAAUUCAUUUGGCCUACCGACAUUUUUUUUUUGUUUGUUUUUAAAAGAACGUUGAUUUUUCUUACCAGUGGAAAGUUAGUGCCCCAGACAUUUGUGUAUGUCCUCCCCAUAUGUUUUAAAUCUGUACAUCACCACUUUUACCUUAAUUUUUCAGAUAUGGCCUGUGAGAAACUGAUACGGUUUAUUUGAUAACGCUCAAUCCCUUCUGCCCCUGCUUCCAGAAUGUGAUGGAUCUCUACAAAUAAGAAGAUCCACGUUAGAUCCAUUUUACACCAAAGUGCAAUUCUUUUUGGGGAGGGGUUAAAAAAAAAAAUCUGACUCAAACUGAAUCAACAAAAAUGAUCAAUGAAAGCCCUUAUUAUUAUGUAUUUUGUUUCCAAGCAUGGCAUUCUUUAACACAUCUUCUCCAUCACUGAAUGUAUACUGAAGCCUUCAGACAGCCGUGUUAGUUUUUACUGAGGCGCUGCCUGUCUGUCCAUGUUUGAGACACUGUAAAUAUUCUGCAAUCUUGUGCUGACUCAGUAGGAUGACUAGAUUAUGUUCAUCAGCUGUUAACUUUUUGUUUUUGUUUUUUUAAACUUGAUUGCAGUAAUGUUGAUAUUUGUGAGUGUCCCUAUGCUUCGUGUUCUUAUACUGUAGAAUUGGUCCAGAGUGGAGCGAAGACUGUCAAAGAUUGGCCAGGCUGAGAUCCUGGUGGACUGACAGCCAAGCAACUUGAGGGAGUGCAGUAGAGCGGCAAGUUGGUUGCCUGAGUGCGUAGAAAGGGAGAGUAGGUCCGGUAACUGUUCUGAGUUGGUCGUUUGAGGACGAAUGAUAGCAGAGCCAUCUUUUCUUAAAAGAGAGAGUCAAAAGUGUGUGCAUGUAAUGGCUGUUUCCAUGAUGACUGGAUUUAAAGAAAAAAUAUUGACUUGAGCUGAGCAAACGUGAUACCUUGAUCGAUUUUAUGCUUGUUUUAGACCAAUACGAGAAAAUUCCUCCUGCUGCUUUUAAUAAUUAACGUUGGCAAUUGAGUAUAAAAAUAUGACGUCUGUUUUGCGUUGGAAGUUUUAUCUUUUUACGAUAUCAGGCGUUUUCUUUCAAUGUGUAAAUAAUAUGUAUAUUUUUAUAUACGAAAGACUGAAAAGCACUCACUAGUGAAUAGCACCAAAUGAUGGUAUUUAUAUUUUUAAUAAAACAUUGUAUUUAUUUUAACAACAUAUUUGUAGGAAAUAAGAGGUUUACAAACACUAAUGCUUGGUCUGACAUUUGUAGAGCUGCCUUUCUUUCGGUUUCUUUUUGUAAGACUUCAGACUGAAGCAGUUACUGUCUCGAGAGAGCAGUCCACCAGUAGCUCCUUGUUGCCACUCUUAAGCAAGCGUCUUUUGUAUUAGUGACCUCUUGUAGCGCUGGUCAGCUGUAAAGGGUCGGGGAGUUGAUACGUGCUUAUUUUCUCCCUUUGCCAGCCCCUUCGCCAAUCCCCUCAGAGUAUUUGGUCUCUCAUUGACUCUAUUUUCAUAGGCAUAAGCAUAGUUUCAUCUUUAUUCUCUCGUUUUGGUUUUGUCUUGUUCUAUUAUAUUUUGUAAACGCAAGACUAUAUCCAAAGUUUUGAAAAGCUAACGCCCCAGUUUUCUGUGUAUUUUUUUAUCAGGAAGAAUUAUUUUCGUAAAGUAACCGUAAAACCCCAGGCUACAGAGGCCAGCCCAGUCCAAGAGUUUUCAUGAAGCACUACAGCUCCAGGGUCCCGAGGGCCCAAGGGUCUCCUAACUACCCAGGCACUGAACAGCCUAGCCUCUUCCGUUUCAGCACUCCCUGUGGUCAUUAUUGUUUAGAAGGAGAUCAUUGUUUCACUUCUCCGGAUAUUACCACACACACAGAAAUAUUGAGCUCAAACGUACGAGACACAGAUAUCCCACUGAAUGCUCUUUGGUCCUCCUUAGGAGUAAGGUGCCUUAUCAGACACUGAGAUAUAAUUCAGCGUCGGCUUCAUGAGGGAGCCGAGGCCUCAGCAAUUACCCACACCCACAUACUGUCAAAGAAAUGAGCUUGUGACUACCAGUGGUGUAUCUUCUCAUUUGUAUGACAUGAUGGCCUUAACAGUGACACUAGCAUAGAGGGGCGUGUGUUCGGAAGGCACCUGGUCUGCUGGGGUUUUUUGGGGGUGGAUAUCGGCGGUCCUUCAAUUGGUUUCCUGCUUGUUGACCCUCUCAAUUCCCCAGUUCCCCAAAGUAAACAGGCAACAAAUAUUUUUUGUCUCGUGGCUGUGAGGAGAGGGGCUGGUUCAAGAGCAUUUGGACGAUUUGUAAGAGACAUGGGUACUAUGCAUAUCUUUCAGAACAAAAACUCUCUAGAUUGCUGCUGUAUGCAAUUCUGGCUUGAAUUACUCUUUGAGAGACAGACCGCUUAGGCCAGUACUUUUUAUUCAUACUCUGUACGUUUUGUAUGUUGAUUUUUGUUCAUUUUAAUUUGUUUGUUUGUUUCGCUGUUUAACAGCAUAAACACACGGCAGUCGAGCCCUGACCCCCUCCUUGGGUGGUCAGUGAAAACAGCAAUUUACCAACACAUUCUUAGGGUGGUGGGGAGGAAGACUAGAACAGAGUUUAUCUUCGGAAGCAACUGGCUGCCCAAGUCAGCACAGGCACCUCAAGCACACAUCUUGUUUAUUUUUUUUCAUCCAGGAGUUCUAGCUCUAGAUUCUAGAGCUCUACUGCACGCUCUGACCCUUCCAACCCCCCACCCCACCCCCAGGCGGUCAGUACGGACAGAACUCAGGUGGAGGUCGGCCACAUAACCCACAUCGCCGUGCCCUGACAAGCCUGUGGUUUCUCGUCUAAUUCAGGGAUAAAGAUUACGUUUGGGUCGGCUCCCGCAGUUCUGCAGUUUGGCCCUUAUUGAAUGUAUUGGUAAAUAUAUAUAUAUGAAUAUAUCGACUCUUAUUGUAUUUGUUUGGUGUUCAUUUUAGUAUUUUAAGAAAGGCUGGGAUGAUUUGUUUAGGGAAAGACUAGUCACGGAAAGAACAUAUGUUGGAACGGUAACACAGAAAUAGAAACUAGGACAUGAGUAAUAAUGUUACUGAUCCCAAGGGCUUUGCAGCUUUUCUCCAUUUUUCACAUCAAUCUGGUGUGAGAUGUUUCACAAACCGGUGAAAACCGUCAGUCAAGUCAGUCAGUCAGUCAGUCAGUCAGUCAGAACUCAAAGAGGCAGACCAAUUCAGUUGUUCCUUAGACUUCGUACCGUGACAUCAUUUCUCAGUGGUAUUACAACUCUACAUGUAAUUACAGUAUCCGAUAUAUACAUUCACACGUACACGCAUACAGGAGCGUAAUGUAUAAAUAGUACUUUUUCUAAGUCAAUAUCUUCACAAUAUAUGGAAUGGACAGACAAACUUAGUUACAAUAGCAGCAACAGUCUCUUAAUGGUUAAUAAUCAUGUUUGAUGUACUCAACAAUAACUUUGAGUUUCAGAAUCCUUUCAAAGUAACUAACCUUCAUUUUGUAAAUGUGCAUCCAGUAUCUGUUCUUUUGUGCCCGUGCAUUGCCGUUUUUUCCUUUUUUGUUUUUUCUUCUCUAGAAAGGAACAAUAUUAAUAAUCAUGAAAAAUGUAAAUGUAUUCUGUAGUUGUAAACUUCUUGAGGUCAAACGUUUUAUUUUCCUGUGUUUUUAUCGUUCUAGUGGAAGUGUUUCGUUUUUGCUCUGUACAUUCUGAAGCAGGAUUUGGACUGAUGUGGUAUGAAUAAGUUUGUCAUGGCCAGGAAAAGGAAUAAUAAUCCUAUUCUUCACCCACCCAAGUGUCCUGUACUGUUCUCUAACAUUUUGAAGCUUGAGUUGUUCUUUUUUUUUUUUUUUUAAUAAUAAUAAUAAUGAUUUUUAAUCCUUUUUAUUUAUUUAUUUUGUAUGUAACUUUGGCAUAUCCGUAAAAAUUCAUCUGCAUGUCCACAUCCUCAUCUUCUCUAGCGCAAGUCAAGAUGGAGAGAUAAUGCCUCUUCAGCAUUUGGAAGCCUUUUUUCCCUUGUGUAGGGAGUGCAUUUGCUAUAUGAGGAGCCUGGUGGCAGCUCCAUUGACGGCUAGAUGUUGCUGGGAGGAUAUGGACACAGACACAUGUACUGCACUUAACCGAAAACCACAGACAGUAAUGACCAUUUUAAUACUGACGAUAAAAAAGAAAAGUAUAUUUUCUUCUUCCUUUCUCUCUUGUCUGAGUUGCCCACCAGUAUUCACCCAUAUCACAGAAAUGAAGGAAAACAAAACGUUAAAUUACAAUCGCAAACCACAAACUACUAAGGAUGAAUGUAUAAUGAGAAAAAAUAUACAAUUGUACAUAAGUGUAAAAAGGAAAGUUUCUAAUCAUGUUUAUUUUCUAUGCACCUUUUUUAUUUAAGUGAUAGUUUAAGUAAUAAACAUGUCUCCUUUACUCCUCA